AUGAUGUUCUUCCGUGGACCCGAUGGAUUAAGUCUUCGAGCGGAAGCAAUCCGUUAUGUCCUCUACUUCUUCAAGCCUGAUAUGCCAUCCCACGUGCUCGACGCUCGUAGCCAUUUUCUUUACUAUUUGCUAACAACUUUUCCUCCAAAUACUGAUGUUGAACAACAGUGGUGCAAGACCGUCGUAUGGUUUGACUGGCUUACGUAUGACGCUCAUACUUUAGUACAGUUUAUCGAGCCCGUUAUGGGUAUGAUACGGCAAGCACUCGCAAAUUUGCCAUCCAAAGCUAGUAGUUCCCCAUUGAUGGAGUAUUGUUGCAAGCCGUUGACCGCGACGGCUUCCAAUUCAAAUCACGCCCCGGACAGAGAAAAGAACAAGGAGAACGACAGAGACGACAAGGAAAGGGGAAAGUUAAGCAAAACGCCAAGCCCACCAAAUGGCACUUUGAUAACGCAAGAAAAGGAACGAGAAAAAGAGAUUGAGGAGUUGAUGGAACAACUACGAGACGAUUUCAAGGCUACCAUGAUGACCAUGCGAGAGUGCUUUCGAGAAACUGAGGAUGAUAGCGAACGAGGCGAAGCUGUACAAAAAUUGCUUCAAAAACUUUUGGAAAAUGAAGAUUCUAUUGAUGAGGAACAACUCGAGAUAGUGGCGCAUUGUGUCCAAUUGGUAAUGGGUAGUCCAGUGGAGGGCAGUCGCCGAUCGAUACUUCCAGAUCCUGUAACAGAAGAUUCUCUUGCAGAUUCAUUCGCCCAUCCUUUAUUUAUUAUCUUCCGAAAUCUUUGUUAUACGCCGGAUACGGACACAACUACACGAUCACUUAUGGUAAAUAUGAUCGCAACAAUGCGGGAUUACGACAACACGGUUACCUAUCUUAUGCUGUUCUUCAUAAAGGCAAAUGACGGUCUGAGCAGUGACUGUAUCUCUUGUUAUCGAGAUGUGGCACGAGCUCGAGAUGAAGAAAUUGAAACGUUGAUAUCGGCUGAUUUGCAGCAAUGCGCUGUAGAUGACGACCGAUUAUUUGCUUUUCUGGUUCCAUAUGUGUUUCAAAAGCUCGAUGUUGAAGCGGGUGCCAGUGCCUCG